UUUGACAUUAUGCAUUUAGCCAACCAUCACCAACCAAAGGCAUCUUCUUCACAUUCAAGAAAAAAAUGGUACAUCUCUAAACAUAAACAUGUGGAAGUUUAAAAAACACUGCAUAAAUACAGAAAUUCAAAAAAUCUAAAUUUCUCGUAUAUAAUGAAGGCACAUCACAAGUAAAAACUAACCAGGAUACACUGACACAUGAUAUGAGUAUAGCAAUGUAGUGAGCAUAUCCUGAAACAACCAAAUGUAUUAUUAACUUCUGUUAAAUCAAUAUCUUGCAUGACUGAAGGAAUCCUUUUACCUGUCAUGCCAUUAGUGGCAUUAACAUUCAAGAGACAGGAGUGACAAGUAUCAAGAGACCUUCACAACAAAUAGAAAAACAUUGAUGGCAGCUAUUCAAAAUAUGUAAUACGUAUUUAGAUAUUCCCCCCCAUACCAUAUCUUUUAGAAAGAACCGUAAGAACUUUUAUCUGGAAUAUUCUACUAACAUCUUCAGCAAAAUCUUGGUGAGAAGGGAAUACCUCUUCCUGCAGUUUGGAAAGAGGUGACAAAAAAUGGUUAGACUGCAGCAUAGGCAUUAUUUCAUAGAUAUGCAGGGAUUCCAGAGAUGGAUCUCAGGAAAAGAUCAUUAUAAUAUUUACUUUAGCGCAUUCAAAAGUACUUGGUUUAAUCCGAGAUACUUUCAGUACUGCAUUAGGGGUUUUAGGGGUAGAGUAUGGCAUACAACUUGUUAUUACAAAGGGUUGAGAACAAGAAACGGAGCCACACACUUGGCCGGCAACAAAUGGGCCCACAGAAGGUCAGUACAAAAACCAUGCUUCUGGUAAAGAGCAGCACAUUGGGAGGAAAAGGCACAUGAGAGAGGGAGAGAGAGAGAGAGAGAGAGAGAGAAAAACACUAGGCCUGUGCCUCACCUCGCUUGUGGAGUCGCCGACAGCGCCCUGAGAAGCCAAGGUGACCAUGAGAAGAUCAUUUUAUAGGGUUUACUGAUAAAUUGCCAGCAUGGACAGGCUACGGCGAAUGGAACUAAUUGCGCUAAAAAAGGAAGAGCAGGUCGUUCGGGAAGUGUUGGAGAAAUAUAAGAACGCCCUCAUUCGCCUCCAGGUGGAAGAGUUAUCGCUUAUGCAUCAGCUGGUAGGCAAGGAAGACCAGGAGCUAAAGUCGCGUAACACUACUGUGUUGGAAGCUGAUGUGAAUUCUUACCAGCAAAUACAAACCAAUCAGAUGUUGCCCGUGAGUGUCAGCGACAGUACAGGUCCAAGUGAAAUCACCAUGAAAGAACUGCAGAUUAACCAGAGCACCCUGAAUCUAGAUGCCGCUCCCCUCAUUCAUAGAAUGCUCCAAGACUCUGAAGCAUAUGAAGAGGAGGAGGAAGAAGAGGAGGCUGAGGAACAGUAGCAAGGAGAAAAUAGAGACAGAUCAUUCCAUCAUAUCUCUUUUGACCAUUAAUGUCUGGACAUUUGGAUUUCUAUAGUUUAUGGUAUACAUGUGCAGUUUAUUGAAAAUCAGACUUUGACACAGUUAUAGCAAUUUAUUAGGAAUUACAUCUUUUUAGAAACAGAUAUGAAGAAUUUCCCAAAGCAAGAAAAAGGAUGGAAUGUAAACUCUACCCUUUUGUAUCUUGCUCGAGUGACCACAUGUGGGUUUACUUGUAUGGUCAAGUGGCCAAUUUCAUGGUGUUCCUUUGUGUUUUGUAGAAUGUCGCCCUCUGUUUUUGCAUUUUGUGAUCAUCUGUAGCUGUUUUUGUCAUACCCAGCUGUAAUUUAUUUUGUUAUAAUCAUCUGUAUUUUAUUUUGUUAUAAUCAUCUGUAUUUUAUUUUGUCCUAAUCAGCUGUAUUCUAGUGCAGUUUUAUUCUAUUGUCUUAUGCAAAAUUUGUUUCUUGACUUAAGGAUCUGUUAUCUUCUAUUGUCAGAAUCAGCUGUGUUUCUGCAUUUCUCAAACUAGGCCAUUAUUCUCUAAAUUAAUUUUAUAUAAUGAUCAGAAAUUAAGGAAUGAUGUCAGAUUACAAUUUGAACAAAAUUUUUCAAAAAUUGUUUGAAACCCUGAAAAAUAUUUAUUUCAUUUAUUAUGUUUUCAUAAAAGCCUGAAAAGCACCUUUUUGUUUGUUUGUGUGUUUCAUUUUAUAUUAGUCAUGUUUUCUAACAGAUCUCGUAAUAAUCAUGUUAAUAGAGAAAUAUACAAAAAGGGAACUUCAAUUUGGCCAGACACAAUUCUUAUUUUUAUUUCUUAGGCUUCUUCUUUUUAUAAUGAAUUAGUUUUGUAUUUUAUAGAACUGACAGAGUUUUGUUAUUACAUGGUAUUCUAUUUUUUUUUCUUCUUCUUCUUCCUCUUCUCCAAUCCAAAACUUUGUGUACACACACACACACACACACACACACACACACACACACACACACACACACACACACACACACACACACACA